AUGACUGACUUACGGCAACUUUUGGCGAACCUUUUGGUUGCAUCUCAGGUUGAACGAUGUUUUAUGAUCGUUACCGAUAGUUGGUAUCAGACACUGUAUGAUAACUAUUUCUUUGAGUAUUCGCGCCAACCUUUAUCAUAUCUUUACGUGCAUGUUAAAGCCUCCGAAGAUCUACUUUCACCGAAUUAUCAAACUGUACGAGUUCUAAAACAAAUCAAAGCCUUCAAUUGCGAUUUACAUUUUGUAACAUUACUGAACGGUCUACAAGUCAAACGUUUCCUGAUGUUUGUCGAAAAAUAUCGAAUUCUAAAUAUGAGCCGUAAAUUUGUAUUUAUGCACGACAAUCGUUUAAUAGAAGAGGACAUGUUACAAGUAUGGAGUAAACUUCUAUCGUCAAUAUUUGUACAGACACGGGACUUUACGAGCUUUAAAAUUUCCACUAUAAAUUUCCCAGGUAUUUUCAAUGGUAUUAUCACUACCAAACUUAUAGUAAAAUGGCAGAAAGGCAAACGUUUAAAAAAAUGGGAUUUAUUUCCAAAUAAGCCAUCUAAUCUCAAAGACUUUACUGUACCGGUUGCCGUCUUUGCACACGUCCCAAUGAUAAUGCGAUCAAAACACAGGAAACAUCAAUAUAUUGGACUAGAAGUGGAAAUUAUGAAAGCUUUAGGCAAAGCUAUGAAUUUUAAGCCUCAACUCUAUGAAACUUCAGAUGCCGAGCAUGAACGUUGGGGACGUCUUUUACACAACGGUUCAUAUACUGGAUUAAUAGGAGAAAUUAACCACGGCAGAACUUUAUUGGCUAUGGGGGACUUACAUUUGUUUAGUGCCUAUCGCAACAUAUUGGACUUCAGUAUGCCUCAUACUUACGAGUGUUUGACAUUUCUUACACCGGAAUCUUCACAAGAUAACUCGUGGAAGACUUUUAUACAGCCAUUUAGUUUGGGCAUGUGGAUCGGCGUUUUCCUCUCGCUCUUUCUAGUCGGUAUACUUUUUUAUUUACUCUCGUUUUUACAUGCGCUUCUAGUUCGUAAAAGCGUACAACCGAGGAAAUUUUUUAAAUUCUUACGCAAACGUAAAUCUGUUGCAAUUACAAAUUUUCGCGAUGUGCGUUUUCGUAUAUAUUUAAAUCGCAUUCGGAUUCCUUUAAAAAAUGAGGAUUUGUUUGAUAAUUUUUCCAAUUGUAUACUGCUCACGUAUUCAAUGUUAAUGUAUGUGUCGUUACCGAAAAUACCAAAAAACUGGCCACUUAGGGUGUUAACAGGCUGGUAUUGGAUCUAUUGCAUACUAGUGACGGUAGCAUACAGGGCAAGCUUCACUGCCAUUUUAGCGAACCCUGCGCCACGUAUAACCGUUGAUACUUUAGAGGAAUUAAAAAAUAGUCAAUUAAUAUUGACUGUAGGAUCAGAGGACAACAAACACUUGUUCGACAAUGCUUUCGACAAGACACUAAGGGAAUUGGGGUCCAGAACACAAGUUAUAGAUGCCAUAAAUGAAGUGACGGGCCAUAUAGGUAAAGGUACCCAUGCCUAUUAUGAUAAUGAGUAUUUUUUACGUCAUUUACGAUUAAGAGGUGUCCAAAGCGAUGACGACCGUGAAGUCGUCCUGCACAUAAUGAAGCAAUGCGUUGUCAACAUGCCCGUAGUUUUAGGUAUGGCUCGAAACUCGCCGUUAAAGAAAUCGAUCGACAAAUACAUACGACGCCUAUUAGAGUCUGGUCUUAUUUACAAGUGGCUUCAAGAUGUGGUUAAACAUUUCCCAGCAGAAGAAGAUUUACCACAAGAGGCUUUGAUAGAUAUGAAGAAAUUCUGGAGCAGCUUUGUACCGCUGCUAAUUGGUUACUUUAUUGGUGUGUUAAUUGUUUUGGGCGAGUAUUGGCAUUUUCGUCAAGUCGUGUGCAAGCAUCCCCUUUAUGAUGAGCAUAAUCUCAAUUUGUAUUAUAACUUUAUGCGCAAAUUUGCCGAUAAUUAAAAGAUUCAAUUUUAAG